ACCCUCCCGGCGCGCCUGUGCUGUGGCGGGAGAUUCCAGCAUGGCGGUGCAACCUAAACAGAAUCUGUCUAUGGACAGCGCGUCUGAACAUGGAUUCCUCAAUUUUUACUUUUCGAUGUCCGACAAACCAGACACCACGGUGCGAGUGUUUGAUAGAAACGAUUACUAUACUGUGCACGGGAAAGAUGCGAUUUUUGCAGCUAAAGAGGUUUUCAAGACUAAUGGAGUCAUCAAAAAUCUGGGUUCAGGGAACAGGAGGUUGGAAAGUGUGGUCCUCAGUAAGAUGAACUUUGAGUCAUUUGUGAGGGAUUUGCUGCUGGUUAGACAAUACCGGGUGGAGGUUUACAAGAACGCCAGUAAGAGCAGCAAAGAGCAUGACUGGCAAAUCGCUUUCAAGGCAUCUCCAGGAAACCUUACUCAGUUUGAGGAGAUUCUGUUUGGCAGUGGCGGAGGGCCUGCUGAGGGUGCUGUCGGUGUGGUGGGUGUUCGUCUUGGCACUGGCACUGAUGGCCAGCGUGUUGUCGGUGUUGGUUAUGUGGACAGUACCCUCAGGAAACUUGGUGUGUGCGAGUUCCCUGAUAACGAUCAGUUCUCCAACCUGGAGGCUCUACUUGUGCAAAUCGGCCCCAAAGAGUGUGUGCUUCCUGCAGGAGAUUCAGGAGGAGACCUGGGCAAACUUAAACAGGUGGUGCAGCGUGGUGGCAUUCUCCUCACAGACAGGAAGAAGUCAGAGUUCACAACUAAAGACAUUGUGCAGGAUCUGAAUCGGCUACUGAAGGCCCGUAAAGGAGAGACUGUGUCCAGCGCUGCCCUGCCUGAGAUGGAGAAAAAGAUUGCAAUGUCUUGCUUAGAAGCAGUCAUCAAAUACCUGGAGCUUCUCGCAGAUGAGGCCAAUUUUGGGUCUUUCAAGAUGACCACCUUUGACCUCAACCAGUACAUGCGCCUGGAUAAUGCUGCUGUACAGGCUCUCAAUCUCUUUCAGGGUUCCUCUGAUGAUGCUACAGGCACUCACUCUCUGGCUGGACUUUUGAACAAAUGUCGGACUCCACAAGGACAGCGACUGGUCAACCAAUGGAUCAAACAGCCUCUCAUUGACAAAAACAAGAUAGAAGAAAGACUGGACCUUGUGGAGACAUUUGUGGAGGACUCGGAGCUAAGGAAAAGUUGUCAAGAGGAUCUACUUCGUCGCUUUCCUGACUUAAAUCGGAUGGCAAAGAAGUUCCAGCGUCAGAGCUCCAAUUUACAGGACUGUUACCGGGUCUAUCAAUCUGUGGGGCAACUGCCCAAUGUGGUGCUGGCACUGGAGAGAUACAGUGGAAAACAUCAGGUCCUCCUGCAUGCAGCAUUCAUCUCUCCACUAAACGACCUCAUCUCAGACUUCUCCAAAUUUCAGGAGAUGAUUGAAACCACACUGGACAUGAACCAGGUUGAGCAUCACGAGUUUCUGGUGAAACCUUCCUUUGAUCCAACUUUGAGUGAUCUCAGGGAAAACAUGGAUCGUUUGGAGAAAGCCAUGCAGGCUGCCUUGAGCAGCGCAGCUCGGGAGCUUGGGUUGGAAGCAGCCAAGACUGUGAAGCUUGAAUCCAAUGCACAAAUUGGUUAUUUUUUCCGAGUUACGUGCAAAGAAGAAAAGAGUCUUCGCAACAACAAGAAAUUCACUACUUUAGACGUUCAGAAGAAUGGAGUACGGUUCACUAAUAGUAAGCUUAGCUCGUUGAAUGAAGAAUACACAAAAAGCAGAGAAGAGUAUGAAGAGGCUCAGAAUGCCAUCGUCAAGGAAAUCAUCAGCAUUGCUGCAGGUUAUGUGGAUCCAGUACAGACUCUGAAUGAGGUGAUCGCUCAGCUGGAUGCAGUGGUAAGCUUCGCUGUGGUGUCACAUGCUGCCCCAGUGCCUUUCAUAAGACCAAAAAUACUAGAGAAGGGUUCAGGCAGACUCGUUCUGAAGGCAGCAAGACAUCCCUGUGUUGAAGCCCAGGAUGAAGUGGCUUUCAUUCCCAAUGAUGUCACCUUCAUAAGAGGAGAGAAGAUGUUUCAUAUCAUCACAGGUCCAAAUAUGGGUGGUAAAUCUACCUACAUCCGUCAAGUGGGUGUGAUUGUGCUGAUGGCACAGAUAGGCUGUUUUGUGCCAUGUGAUGAGGCAGAGCUGAGCGUGGUGGACUGUGUUCUUGCUCGAGUAGGUGCGGGUGACAGCCAGAUUAAAGGAGUGUCCACUUUUAUGGCUGAGAUGCUGGAGACAGCAGCUAUUCUUCGGUCAGCCAGUGAGGAUUCUCUCAUUAUUAUUGAUGAAUUGGGCAGAGGCACAUCCACAUAUGAUGGCUUUGGUCUGGCCUGGGCGAUCUCAGAGUAUAUCGCCACCCGCCUCAAGUCCUUCUGCCUGUUCGCAACUCACUUCCAUGAGCUGACGGCGCUGGCACAGCAGGUGCCCACUGUCCGCAACCUCCAUGUCACCGCGCUGACCACAGACAGCACUCUUACCAUGCUCUACAAGGUCAAAAAGGGUGUGUGUGACCAGAGCUUUGGGAUUCAUGUGGCGGAGCUUGCUAGCUUCCCCAAACAUGUAAUUGCAAAUGCGCGGGAGAAGGCUUUGGAGCUUGAAGAAUUUCAAGACAUCUCCAGUGUUGGGGAGGAAGCAGGACCCAAAGCCAAGAAACGCUGCAUGGAGAAACAGGAGGGAGAGAAGAUCAUUGAGGCUUUUCUGGCUAAGGUUAAAUCAAUGCCUGUUGAUGGGAUGUCUGACAAGGCUGUCAAAGAGGAGCUGCGCAAACUCAAGGCAGAGGUCAUCAGCCAAAACAAUAGCUUCGUCAAUGAGAUAGUGUCACGCUCUGGCAAGGUCAAACUCAGUUCAGCCUGAGGGUUAGAAGUUCAACGUUUCUGUAAAACUGUUUGUGGCAUAAUGGAAAUGGAUACAAUCUAUAGUAGAUUAGAAAAAGGUUCCAUUUUAAUACUGUCUCUUUGGUUUCAGCUGUUGUUUUUUGGGGGGUUAUAUUGUAGACCACAUUCUUGUGCGUUUUUCAACAUAAAUCAUCCAACAGACUAAAUAUUUUCUAAAUCA